AUGACGAGAAGACCUGACCUCCGACGUGGCAUCUUUGCCACCGUGGCAGCCACGGUUCUCCUCUCAAUUCUCCCGCCAAAUGUUGAAUCGACCGUUGAAACAGAAGCCCUGCUUCGCUUCAAAAACCGCCUCGACGACCCUCACGGCGUUCUACGAUCUUGGAAACCCUCCGAUUCACCAUGCGGGUUUCACGGCGUCACAUGCCACCCAAUCUCCGGCGAAGUCACCGGAAUCUCUCUAGGCAACACAAACCUCUCUGGCUCCAUUUCUCCGGCGAUCUCGGCUCUCACAAAGCUCUCUACACUGUCACUACCAAGUAAUUUCAUCUCCGGAACAAUCCCACCGGAGAUAGUCAACUGCACAAACCUCAAAGUCCUCAAUCUCACCUCCAAUCGACUCUCCGGUACAGUUCCCGACUUUUCCCCUCUUAAAAACCUAGAAAUCCUCGACAUCUCCGUGAAUUUCCUCACCGGAAAGUUUCCGAGCUGGAUCGGGAAUCUGACUCGGUUGGUUUCACUCGGUCUCGGCAACAAUCGCUACGAAGAAGGCGAGAUUCCCAACAAUAUCGGCGGUUUGAAGAAAUUGACUUGGCUCUACUUAGCCCGGUCCAACUUAACCGGACAGAUUCCAGACUCGAUCUUCAAUCUCAACGCUCUCGAAACUUUCGACAUCGCGCGAAACGCGAUCUCAGGUGAUUUCCCACCGUUGAUCACGAGAUUGGUGAAUCUCACCAAGAUCGAGCUCUACGACAACAGACUCACCGGCCAAAUCCCACCGGAGAUCGUAAACCUGACUCGUUUACGGGAAUUUGAUGUUUCCAAGAAUCAGUUGACCGGUGCAUUGCCUCGAGAAAUCGGAAACCUCAAGGAUCUCAACGUUUUUCAUUGCUAUGAAAACAAUUUCACCGGCCAAUUCCCCUUUGGUUUGGGAGAGAUCCGUUUCCUCACCUCGUUGUCGAUUUAUCGGAACAACUUCUCCGGUGAAUUUCCGGCUAACAUCGGCAGGUUUUCGCCGUUGGACACGGUUGAUAUAUCUGAGAACAAGUUUACAGGUCGAUUUCCUAGUUUCCUAUGCCGAAACAAUAAGCUACGGUUCUUGCUUGCCCUGCAGAACGAAUUUUCCGGUGAGAUUCCGGGAUCCUACACCGAUUGCAAAUCCCUAACAAGACUCAGGAUUAAUUUAAAUCGUUUCAAUGGUCAUGUUCCUGAAGGUCUCUGGGCAAUGCCGCUUGCUAAGAUGAUCGAUCUCAGCGAUAACAGCCUCACCGGAGAGAUUACUCCUCAUAUCGGACUUUCAACUGAAUUGAGCCAGCUACUCUUGGAAAACAACAGAUUCUCCGGCAAGAUUCCCGGUGAACUCGGAAAACUAACCAGUUUAGAGAGGGUUAAUCUGAGCAACAACAGUCUUUCCGGCGAGAUUCCGGCGGAAAUCGGUUAUUUGAGACAGUUGACUUCUCUGUAUUUAGAGAGCAACUCAUUAACAGGUUUGAUCCCCAUUGGAUUGACAAACUGCGUCAGACUCGUUGACGUGAGUCUUGCCAAGAACUCUUUGACCGGAGAAAUCCCAAACAGUUUAUCUCAGAUGGCUUCUUUGAACUCUCUUGACCUCUCAGGGAACAAGCUAACAGGAGAAAUCCCGGCGAAUCUUGUAAAUCUGAAGCUUAGUUUCAUAGAUUUCUCUGAAAAUCAACUCUCGGGAAGAAUACCACCGGAUCUUUUAGCUGUUGGAGGAGCCACCGCGUUCUCACGCAACGAAAAGCUCUGUGCUGAUGACCAUAGCGUGGAGCAAUCAGCUCUGAGACUAUGCAGCGGCGACGAACAUGUGCGGAGGAAUCGCUCACUCGACCUAACGCUCUUGUUCUUGGCUCUCGCAGUUGCCGUUGUAGUGCUUGUUACCGGUCUGGUCGCGUUGCGUUACAGAGUGGUGAAGAUACGCGAGUACGACUCGGAGAACGGAGAUAUCAAGAACGCGUCGGAGGGGACAUUGAAGAUCGCCUUGUUCCAUCAAAUGGAGCUGGACGCUGAGGAGAUAAGUAGGUUGGAUGAAGAUCAUUUGAUCGGAGCUGGAAGCGCGGGAAAAGUGUACCGUGUUGAUUUGAAAAAAGGCGGCGGGACGGUGGCGGUUAAGUGGUUGAGGAGAGGAGGAGUGGAAGAAGACGGGACAGAGGUCUCUGUUUCGGAAAUGGAGAUUCUUGGGAAGAUCAGACACAGAAACGUGCUCAAGCUCUACGCUUUUCUUGUCGGAAGAGGUUCUAGCUAUUUGGUGUUUGAGUUCAUGGAGAAUGGUAACUUGUAUGAAGCUCUUCGUCGGAAUCUUAAAGGUGGAUUACCGGAACUUGAUUGGCACAAGAGGUAUAAAAUUGCGGUAGGGGCUGCUAAAGGAAUUGCAUAUCUGCACCAUGAUUGUUGUCCUCCGAUCAUACACAGAGAUAUAAAGUGUAGCAACAUUUUACUUGACGGAGAUUACGAGUCGAAAAUAGCAGAUUUCGGAGUUGCGAAAGUUGCUGACAAAGGGUGCGAAUGGACCUGUGUUGCUGGGACUCAUGGCUAUAUGGCGCCUGAGCUGGCUUACUCUUACAAGGCAACGGAGAAGAGUGAUGUGUACAGUUUUGGUGUGGUUCUUUUGGAGAUAGUGACGGGUCUACGUCCGGUGGAAGACGAGUUCGGAGAAGGAAAAGACAUUGUUGAUUAUGUCUUGUCUAAGAUUCAACAAGAUGGGAGGAACCUUAGGGACGUUUUGGACAAGCAAGUUUUGUCGUCUGACGUACAAGAAAGCAUGAUUACGGUUCUGAAAAUGGGUCUUCUCUGCACUACGAAGCUCCCGAAUCCACGACCAAGCAUGAGAGAGGUCGUGAGAAAGCUUGACGAUGCUGUUCCUUGUGUCUCAAGACAGAACCGGAAAGAUUAUAGUAUAGAGAAGAGUGAUGUGUACAGUUUCGGCGUGAUUCUUUUGGAGAUAGCGACUGGUCUACGUCCGGUGGAAGAGGAGUUUGGAGAAGGAAAAAACAUUGUUGAUUAUGUCGUGUCUAAGAUUCAACAAGAUCGGAGUCACCUAAGGGACGUUUUGGACAAGCAAGUGUUGUCGUCUGAGGUUUAA